AUGCUCCAUUUUGCGAAUGGCCGCCUUCGAAGCGGUCCGCCAGCCAGUUAUGUACGAUUAGCAAAGCACUAUGCGAGCUGUCGGCCGCAACAACGUAUCGAUGCGCGAUGGCAAUCUGCUGCUGCCUCCAAGCCUGGCUCUCCUGAUACAGGACACAGUUUAUCCAUGUCAUCGCAGGCGAGAUACAACGAGAUCGGCGUGCAGCAGCUGAGCUCCCACAUCUACAGCCAGAUCUUUCCCGAUGGCAACACUCCGCCGCCAAAACACCUAAUCGAAAUGUCCAAAGACCAUCUGAGAAGGCAUGAACUUCUUGGGAAAAACACCGACAACAGCGACCCGAUAGCCUUUGACCUGCCGAGUCUUCAGGGGCGCACUUUGGAUGAACACUUCCACAAACUAGGCCUCGACGCUGCCGAACCUUACCUGAGCUAUGCGAAAGACUUUUCUCGCUUCAACUCACCACCCAAGCCGCGGAAAUGGGUGCGACGGAGUGGCUGGACGAAAUACUACCCCGAUGGGAGGACGGAGGUCGUCAACGCGCCAGACGAUGCUAUGCUGUGCUUUGAUACCGAAGUUCUGUGGAAAGAGAGUUCCUUUGCCGUCAUGGCAUGCGCAUCGAGUCCGAAUGCGUGGUAUGCUUGGCUAUCCCCAUGGUUACUCGGCGAGUCUACCAACGACCGCCACCUGAUCCCACUUGGCGACCCUUCAAAAGAGCGCAUAAUCGUCGGACACAACAUCGGAUACGACCGCGCCAGGAUACUAGAAGAAUACGGAGUGCGACAGACGAGAAACGCGUUCCUAGACACCAUGUCAUUACAUGUGGCGGUCAACGGUAUGUGCUCUCAGCAACGACCAACCUGGAUGAAGCACAAGAAGAACAGGGAACUACGGGAACGCAUCGCAACGCAAACCGAUGAUGCGCAACUGGCUGAGCUUCUAAGCAACAGCGCCAUUCGUCAAGAAGAAGAGGAGCUCUGGGUUGAGCGAAGUUCCGUCAACUCGCUUAGGGAUGUCGCCAAGUUCCACCUUGAUGUAACGAUCGACAAAGCGAUCAGGGACGAUUUCAGCACCCUCGACCGGGCAGGCGUCUUAGCAAAGUUGGAUGAAUUGUUGGACUACUGUGCGGCGGAUGUUGCAAUCACCCACCGAGUCUACCGGAUUGUCUUCCCGAAUUUCCUUGAAACUUGCCCUCACCCCGUCAGCUUCGCCGCUCUCCGACAUCUUUCGUCAGUCAUCCUGCCUGUCAACGAGACCUGGAAUGCGUACAUAGCCAACGCCGAGGCAACGUAUCAUGAACUCAACGAUGCGGUUCUCGAACGACUCGUGGCGUUGGCAGAAAAGGCUGUGGCGAUCAGGGAUCAGUCAGAGACGUGGAGUAACGACCCGUGGCUUAAUCAACUCGAUUGGUCUGGCCAGGAGAUCAAGAUGGUCAAGGGCAAGAAGAAGAACGAUCCGCCACGACCCGCUGCACGACAGAAGAAGCCAGGAAUGCCCCGAUGGUAUAAGGAUCUCUUCGCCAAGAACGACGCUCCUAUCGGCUUAACUGUCAGGACGCGGAUCGCCCCCCUUCUCCUGAGGCUAGCCUGGGACGGACAUCCUCUUUGUUGGUCCGACACGUAUGGCUGGACCUUCCGUGUAACGCGAACUGAGGCGAGCAAGUAUCUCAACAAGCAAAUGACCCAGUGCGACAUGGCAGAUGAGAAGGUUGAGGCUCUUCGACAAGAUACGGAGGGCGUGUACUUCAAGCUACCCCACAAGGAUGGGCCCACUGCGAGAUGUGCCAACCCCAUGGCCAAGUCUUACUUGUCGUACUUUGAAAACGGUACUCUGUCAUCAGAAUACUCCUACGCCAAGGAAGCCUUGGAAAUGAACGCUUCCUGUUCAUACUGGAUCAGCGCAAGAGAUCGCAUCAAGUCGCAGAUGGUGGUUUAUGAGGAAGAUGUGGCCACUGAGAAACUGGAAGGCGGGAUGGAGAACAAGAACACGCAAGGAUUCAUCUUGCCGCAGAUCAUCCCCAUGGGGACCAUCACAAGGAGAGCUGUCGAAAACACAUGGCUGACGGCAAGCAAUGCCAAGAGGAACCGUGUCGGGUCUGAGCUAAAGGCGAUGGUCAAAGCUCCACCAGGUUACAGCUUUGUUGGAGCGGAUGUGGAUUCCCAGGAGCUGUGGAUCGCGAGUCUUGUUGGUGAUGCGACUUUCAAGCUGCACGGUGGCAACGCCAUUGGUUUCAUGACUCUGGAAGGAACCAAAGCGGCAGGCACGGAUCUUCACUCUCGAACGGCUGGCAUUUUGGGCAUCACGCGAAACGAUGCAAAGGUCUUUAACUAUGGUCGGAUCUAUGGCGCUGGCCUGAAAUUCGCGGCGCAACUGCUUCGGCAAUUUGACCCAAACCUGUCGGAAAAGGAGACACUGGAGACUGCCUCGAAACUUUACGUCAAUACCAAAGGCACCAAGACGAACCGUAAAGUCCUGUACAAGAGGCCAUUCUGGCGUGGCGGAACGGAGUCCUUCGUCUUCAACAAGCUGGAAGAAUUCGCCGAACAGGAGCGCCCGCGAACCCCAGUACUGGGCGCCGGUAUUACCGAAGCUCUCAUGGGCCGGUUCAUCAACAAGGGUGGAUAUCUCACCUCUCGCAUUAAUUGGGCUAUUCAAUCAUCUGGUGUCGACUAUCUGCACUUGCUCAUCGUCAGUAUGGACUACCUAACCCGCCGAUUCAAUAUCGACGCUCGGCUGGCCAUCACUGUGCACGACGAGAUCCGGUACCUCGUGAAGGACGAUGAUAAGUAUCGGGCUGCCAUGGCUCUCCAGGUCGCCAAUGUGUGGACGCGAGCCAUGUUUGCUCAGCAAGUAGGCAUCAACGAUCUCCCGCAAUCGUGCGCGUACUUUUCUGCCAUUGACAUUGAUCACGUUCUUCGGAAAGAGGUUGACAUGGACUGCAUCACGCCGAGCCACGCCACAGCCAUUCCGCACGGAGAGAGCCUCGACAUCAAUGCCCUCCUUGAUAAGGGCAACGAGGCGCGUCUUGACCCCUCCAUCGUCCCAGACCCAGCGUUGGCACCAAAGCUCGACGACAUCGUCUACACACCGAGAGUACCCGUUAUGGAGACGCUAGAGGACCCAGCGUCGAAAGAUCUCUCCUUCCUGAAGGCGCAAAUCACCAGCGACGAAAACGAGCUCAGGGAAAUUCUCAAGGAGCAGCGCAAGACGCUGCCCGCCGCCACCAAGGCGCCGAAGAAGUCUGCCAGGGAUGUGCUGCCAUAUCGCUCUCAUCCAAUUUUGGUUCCUACAGAAGAACCAUUGACUGUGGCUGACGCUCUGGGCAACAAGUUCACGAAGUACGAUGGCAAGGCGAAGUGGGAUUGGAAAAGCCAAAAACCGGGCUAUGGCAGAGGACCAAGCUCCAGGAUAUGA